AUGGCACGUAAAGCAGUUGGACGUCCAAAGAAGGUCGAUGGGGAUCGUACGCGUAAGCCUCGCAAGAAAAAAGAUAAGAACGCUCCCAAGCGUGCAUUAUCGGCCUUUAUGUUCUUCAGUAACGAUAUUCGUGACACGGUGAAGAAAGAGAUGCCGGAGCUGCAGUUCCUUGAGAUCUCAAGUGAAAUCGGACGUCGUUGGAAGAAGAUCACGGAUGAAGAACGUCGGCCGUACGAUGAGUUGGCUGCUGCUGACAAGAGAAGAUACUUGGAAGAGAAGGAAGACUAUGUCCCAGAUCCAUCUUUUGAAACCACCAAAGGGUCUCGCAAGAAAAAGGAUCCAAAUGCUCCAAAGCGUGCACUGUCUGCUUAUUUCUUCUUCUGCAAUGAUAUUCGUCAAGAGACACGUGAUGAAAACCCAAACAAGAAGAUUACGGAGAUUGCUACACUUCUGGCGGAGAAAUGGCGAGCAUUGCCGGACAAGAAACGCCUUAAAUACCAGAAGAUGCAUGAUGAAGCGAAGGUCAAGUAUCAGCACCAAAUGGACGUUUACAACUCGAACGGUGCCGUGGAAGAAGAAGAAGAGGUGGAGCAUGAUGAUGAGGACGAUGAGGACGAUGAAUAA